AUGGGCGCUUUGCUUCUACCUGGUGUUGUAUUCAUCCCCUCUGAUCUGGUUCUUGUUGGCUAUUACCUUGCCAACAAAAACAAUGAAGAGCUACAUGAUUUCAAUGGCUCAUACAUCAUCAAAGAAAUGAACUUGUAUGAGUUUGACCCCUUUGAAUUACCUCAUGCAUCAUCCUUUCAAUUCAACAAUCGGAGGCACUGGUACUAUUUUAUUUCAAAAAUUGACGAAGAGAGGAGGCAUUGGAAGAAGAAGAAGGGAAAUGUUUGUGAAAUUACUAAUGGUGGUAACACACUUUUGGGAAUGAAAGCUCUCUUUGUUUUUUAUCUCGGAAAAUCCCCUAAUGAUGCUGAAAGAACUAACUGGACUAUGUAUGAGUAUACCUUGGCGGAUAAACCUCAUGCUCCUUUUGUUGUUUGUCGUAUUUUUGAAUGCCCUCCAGAGAUUGAUGUGGAUUAUGAGUUCGGGCCUAUAUCUGAUGUUGAUGAAACUGAUAUUGAUGAGGCUGAUAUCGAUGAAAGUGAUGUUCUAGAAAUUCCUUUCGCCGGAGAAGAAGAACAAACCGCCGCUGGCGGUGGUCUGAAUGUAGCAGUGAUCAGUCAAGGACAUGCGUGGCUCAAUCGCGAUGCUCCAUUGGACGGUCAAAGACUCAACCGUCUCUCUCUCACGCUCAUUGGCUAG